AUGUCGAAGCUCCUCGCUGUGGUUGGUGCAACUGGAACACAGGGCCACUCCGUCAUCGACGCUGCCCUCAAGGAUGGAAAAUAUCGCAUCCGAAGCAUCACCCGAAACCCGUCCAGCGAAAAAGCAACUGCCUUGAGUGCACUGGGUGUGGAGGUAGUCCAAGCUGAUCUGGACGAUGAAGCUUCCCUCAUCAAGGCGCUUGAGGCGAGAGCAGAAAGAAUAUAUAAAUAUAUAUCCAUCACUAUUUAA